AUGGGAUGGGUGAGAGCGCUGCCCCCUACCCCACCCCUCUCUCGCUUGUUCUUGCUCUCUCUCUCUCUCUCUCUCUCUGCUCUGGAGGGCAGACACGAUGCGAAGUACUGCGGGAGAGAGCGCGCCAGGAGGAGGGCUAUCGUCGCCCUUGAGUCGAUCGGAGGACAAGGAGGCGUGCACUUCAAACACGAUCACCCGCCCACCCCUCGGGGACUCGCGCUGCACGGCAGGGAGUACGCAAUAAAGGCGCAGUCCCCGGUGGCCUGCGCACGCUGCGGCCGACACGAUCUGCCCCGCGUCACAGCGGUGGCAUCGCUGGAGCUCUUCGCCCGUGCACACGUCCCACCACCAUCACCGCAUGACCCGCCUCGCUCACCCUCUUCUUUUUCUGCUGCCGUCUCGUCUCUGCUUCCCGCUGCACGGCGUGCUGUCAUGCUGGCCAAUCCGCAGUCCUUUGCAACCUCACCUGCCUACACAGAGAACGGCGGGGGUGGCGGCGCACCAGAAGCCUCUCAAGAGGGGUACCCGAGAACGUUGACAUCUUCACUUUCGCAGACGACGGCCUACGCCGUUCGUGCGAUGGACAGCGUCACAUGCAUCCCGUCUCGUGUUCUCCACUUGCCCGCACCACUGCUGCAGCCACACGGCUCGAGAUGGGCAUCCGUGCAGCCGUCACCCGAUCGCGCUAGUCUGCUGCUCUGCGGUCGUCAUGAGUGUCAGCUGCUUGCAGUGUCGUCCUUCGCGCUGCAGGUGCCGCGCGCAGCCGUCUUGGCGCAGUCGUCCCGCAGCAGCAGGGGAGAGGACACGCGUCGCUUGGUGGCGCAGCGGUGGAACGAGCGUGGUUCUGCUCCUGACAACUCUGCCGUUGGAGGACGGGGUCGGUGCAUUGUCCUGCCGCAGCCGCACCGCGAUCUCACCUCCUCAUGCUGGCUCUCUGCGGGUCUCGACACAGGCAACGAAGACGACGGCGAGGCAGCCGCGGGCGACGACACCGCCCCUGGUGCGGUGGUAGGACUCGGCGAUGCCGCCUCGGUGGUGACGAUCAUGCGCCCCUCACCCCUCAGCAGAGCAUUAUCGCCUCAUGGCGCGACCGCCACGUGGCUGCAGGCCACCAUCUUUCUCAAGGACGAGGGGGACGCGGUGUUUGCGGGCGGCACACCCUUGGCGUGGAACCACCAGCACCACGAUCGCCUCGACAAGGCCACGAUGCUCGGGCGGCCGUGCCACUGGGGGCGUACUCCGCCGGUAGCACCGGCUUGGAAGGCGGUAGAGGCGGUCCUGCCGUGCAGCUAUGUGCCUAGCCACUCCAGCAGUGGGCUGACGGACAUGUACGUCCUCUGCCAGCGCGUGGAUGAGGUUUAUGUGGGCAGCGGCGUUGCCGCCGGAGGACGCUCCGCGAGACGAUCGUGCAGCGCCGUGUGGUUAGCCUCGGUGCAACGCGAGUCUGCGUGGCGAGUGCCGUUGGCAAUGCCACCCGGAGAUGACGAAGCCUUAAUGGACAGCGGUGGAGAUGGUGCUGCUGCGUGCUCUUUAGCAGAGGUGCGGCACGUUGUGCGGCGCACACCGCGCUUGUUCGACGUACGUCGGCGCCUGCCGCCUGCCCUCCAACAAGCUCCACCGCACCAGCCGUCGCAGGCUCGCCCAGCACCGCCGUCGGCGCCGGCGCAUCAGCGUGCGGGUAACGCUGAGACAGGGCCGAUGGGUCUCGUCUUCGCUGCCGCGUUCCGUCGCCAUGUUGGUCUCUACACCGCCGCGACAGUCACCCCGACGGUCUUUUUUGAGCUGCCGUCGUGGCUGACGGGAGGCGGUGGCACUGCCGCCGCUACCGCCACCUCGUCACCAAGCCGGUGUUCGAGUUGGUGCGUGACAUCUGUGGUGGAAGAGCCAUCCCUCGUGGCGCCAGUAGCAGUCCCGCAGACAUCAUCCAACGGUGGUGGCAGCGGCUACUCGUACCUUGUGACGGCGAUGCAUGAUGAGAGGGGCAACCGGCGGAGCCGCCCUUACCCGGCUCCCGCAAAGGUGACUCGUGGCGAUGAGUCAUGGAAGAGCGACGGGGACAACAACAACGGCAGCAGCGGGGGCAACUGCUGCUGCUCGCCCCUCUCCCCGUCCGGCAGCUGCUGGUGGCUGCUAUAUGACUGCAGGAACCCGUCCCUGCCGGUGUGGGCCGCUGAAGAGGCUCUCGCGGCACCGCCCGCGCUCGACGAGGAUGACCUAUGGCACGAUGCACCCGUAGUGACGGAGUGGCUCGCAUCGACGUCGACGUCGCCGUCGCCCGCGUCUCACGCUGGCCUCCACCGCAGUCCGGUGUGCGCGACGUACGUCCCGUUUGCAACGACUUCCGCGGACGGCUCGAGUGCCCUUGCGGUGCCGUCUGCGUGCGGCGUUUGUAUAGUGCUCGAUGGUGGGACGAGGAUGCCCGACGGUGCGGGCUUGGAUACGGAGGGUGACGACGACGACGACGACGUGGCAAGCGGGGAGGCAGCGGAGGUGUUUGCCCCCAUCAUGUAUGAGCUGUCGCCCCCACGCUCUCUGCUAUCGCCAACACUCGGCGCUCCUCGGGAAGUGACUGCGAAGCCGCCACGGGUGCGGGCGCUGACGUUCACCGAGGGCACGCUUCACUACGCGUGCGAGGAGGCACUUUAG